CUACAUUUCAUGGAAGAUGCAGACACUGCUGCUCUUCGUAGCCGUUAUCUUCCUUACUAACACUCAAACCAACUUCUAACUUCUAGUAUUCAAUAAUCUUUCGGUUCUGUAUUCUGCCGUCUCCACAAAAGCGUAGUUUGUAAGCAUAUACCUUUAUUACACUAAGUUCAUUGAAGAAACUUUCUAUAGAGCAAAAAUGGCUGCUACUUCAUUGUUAUCCUCAUGCUGCAUGCAUAUGGGAAUGGCUCCUCCCAAAAUGGCUGCAAAUUAUUUGAGCUCUCAGCCAUUUGAUCAUCUGAAGUUAAGGUCAUUUGGGGGUCCGGAAUCAUCGGAAAAAUUAAAACUUUUGCACAAAGGUGAUGAGUUACUGUGCCGGGUUGCUCAAGUUGAAAGAGUGCCUUCCUUCUCUGUGGGGCAAAAGUUUCAGCUUGAUGAUGUGAUUGAAGCUCAGCAAUUUGAUAGAGAUACACUUGGUGCCAUAUUUGAAGUUGCAAGGAACAUGGAGAAUAUUGAAAGGAGCCAAAUUCUAAAGGGAUAUCUCAUGGCUACCUUGUUCUAUGAGCCAUCAACAAGAACUAGGCUUUCAUUUGAAUCUGCAAUGAAAAGGUUAGGUGGGGAAGUUCUCACAACUGAAAAUGCAAGGGAGUUUUCCUCCGCGGCUAAGGGAGAGACGCUUGAAGAUACGAUAAGAACAGUUGAAGGUUACUCUGAUAUAAUCGUGAUGCGCCAUUUUGAAAGCGGAGCUGCCAAAAGAGCAGCAGUAACUGCUGGCAUUCCUGUAAUCAAUGCUGGGGAUGGACCAGGAGAGCAUCCCACACAGGCACUGCUGGAUGUUUAUACCAUUGAAAGAGAGAUUGGAAAACUUGAUGGUAUUAAAGUUGGACUCGUCGGAGACCUUGCUAAUGGAAGGACGGUUCGGUCACUAGCAUACUUACUUGCCAAGUAUAAGGAUGUGAAAAUUUAUUUUGUCUCUCCUGAGGUGGUUAAAAUGAAGGAUGACAUAAAAUACUAUUUGACAUCAAAGGGUGUGGAGUGGGAGGAAAGUGGUGACUUGAUGGAAGUGGCUUCAAAGUGUGAUGUGGUUUACCAAACUCGCAUUCAGAAAGAGAGAUUUGGAGAGAGAUUUGACCUUUAUGAAGAAGCAAGAGGCAAGUACAUUGUGAAUCAAGAUGUUCUGAAUGUGAUGCAAAAACAUGCUGUGGUUAUGCAUCCUCUUCCUAGACUUGAUGAGAUUACUGUGGAUGUUGAUGAUGAUCCAAGAGCUGCUUACUUUAGGCAAGCGAAGAAUGGUCUAUAUAUUAGGAUGGCCCUUUUAAAGGUUUUGCUUCUUGGUUGGUAAAAUAUUGCAUUUACUUUCCAAAUGCUGUUCCAACCUCAAGUUGUUUCGGGUGUAAUUGGUACAUUUUAUGCUGUUGUCUCCCUUCAUGGGAAUAUUUAUAGUAGUAGUAAUAAAAAUAUAAAAUACUAGU